CUCACAUUCUGCUUGGUUCUUCCCGUCCCUGCUAUCCACGGGGUCUGGUCAUCAGUAGGAGCGGCUCCGAGGGUGCAAUGCCUCGCCCUCGCCGACCUGGCGCGCCAGAGCCCAAGCGCAGGAGUCGAAAAGGUUGUUGGUGAGUUGGUUGCCGACGGAAACGAACUGACUCGUCAUCGUGAUCCCGCUAAAAGUGAUAUUGCAGUGGGGAGGAAAAACCCUCCUGUCUCAAUUGCCAACGGCAAGGAGAGACGUGUGACUACAGCUGGAUAUGGUGGCACAGUGAUUGGGUUUGCUGAUACCAUGCCGACAAGUGCUGUUAGUUCGAUCCAAAUACCCACAUCGAUGCCUCCAGGGAGCAACGCCCCUGCGGAUGGGUUUAUCAAUUUUCGAUGUGAUGAUCUCGGAUCUCCUAGGGCAAUAUCACCCAGCAGCCCUGCCACCUUGGGGGUCUUUGAGUCUCCAAAGCCUCAGAUAAACUCGGAAAAUGUGACUUCCCCGUCUCAAGGAGAAGUGCACUUCGCCACGACAUGGGCGGAGCAUUCUCCUUUGACCCCGGCUUCGUCCGGAUCCGUGUCACAGUAUUCCUUUGGCCAGAAUUUCCCUGGCUCAUUUUCCCCUGCAGCAGAUCAGGGAGUGGGUCUUCGAUCUCUUUCUGCGUUUGCGUUCCAUUCAAGCUCGGUAUCGCAGCCAGUAUCUUUCCUCCGCAACUCGGUGGAUAUGGCCGGCCACGUGUCUGAUGCAUCGCCUCAUCCAAAUCAGAACGAUGCCCAGAUGUCUACUGGCAGUCCGUUGCCGCAUGAUGGCCGGGGAUUAGAAUUCUCGGUCAAUGGCGCUGCGAGGCAGGAUCGCAACUCUUGUGAUUUGUCAGGCCAUAGUGGGACCCCGGGCUUGCUGCUUGGAUCCCAUGCGUCUUCAUCUGCGGGACAUGACAGGCCCACGCCUGUAUCGACUCAUGCGCCGCGGACAGAGUCACUUCAUGCUUUCCACCAUUCUGAAGUACGGUCUACCGAUGCGAGAGAAAGUGAACGGUCUGGGAAUGAACCCCAUGCAGCUCAAAGCAAAUGGCAGGCCUAUCUCACUAGCGUGACCGAUAAUUAUGGCUUGGACUGCGGACGUCCAGAUUGUGAUCUUGCCCUAAAUAAUGACCAUGCCGCCAUUGAGAUUAAUUCUGCUCUUGAUUCAAUCGGUUCAUGGGGUCGAAAAGAUGAAUUUCCAUCACCUACUUCUUUCCAAAGCCCCUCUGAUACGCAGAAGCCCGACUUCACUGGGUAUUAUGCGUCUCCGGUUCCAAUUAAUAUUCCUCGAUAUCUCUCCCCGCUUCCUCCGGCGUUACUCAAGAACCCGAUUAAUUUGUUGUAUUUUCAUCACUUCCUCAACCACACGUCGAAAAUGCUGGUUCCACAUGACUGCGACAACAACCCGUUCAUGUCCGUCCUCCCAUCGAUGGCUAUCUCUGAUCCAAACUUGCUGAACUUGCUGUUGGCGUACUCAGCGAGCCAUCGUGCACGCUAUCUUGGACACACAGAGCCGGCCAAUCGUAUUGCGCAUUGGGUUAGUGACGUCUUCCCAACUCUGCGGGUGGCCUUGGAAGCGUCCAAAGAGGAAAUCACCGACAGCCAUUUGGCUACGGCGAUUCUGCUUCUCUCGUUGAAGAUUGUGUGCCCUGGAACUUUCGAGGUCCCGAUCCCCUGGCAGAGCCAUCUGAAGCUCGCUCGAGAUUUGUUUAUUGCUCGUAGUGACCGCAUUGCGCAGCCCGGCAAUCGGAUUGGGGCUUUCUUUGCCCGGUGGUUGGGCUACAUUGACACCAUGGGUGCCCUUUCUUGCCGCCAGGCUGGCCCGCCAUUGAUGCUGUACCAUUCGGUUCUGGCGGCUUGCUGCCAUCCUCAAAGUCAUGACGAAUAUUGUGUUGAUUGUUUCACCGGAUUCAGCACCCGCACCGGGUUCUUUCUCCUCCGCCUUGCCCAGCUCGUUCAGCAGUGCGACAAUGAACGCUUUGACGACAUGGGGAACUUCCAGCGGGGCUGGCACCCUUCGGCGGACAUGGUAAUGGAGGCUCGGGCGGUGCUAGGUGACCUCGACGAACUGAGCGAGAGAGCCCAUGCCGAUCCUGAUCAUCAUCUGGGUGUCGAGGCGGAUGACAUGAUGGCCACCGAAGAGGCGUUCCGCUGUGCUGGUUUACUCCAUCUUCAUAGGCGUGUGCUCGGGUCUUCACCUGAUUCCUUUCCUGUUCAGGAUGCCCUUCGCAAGCUUAUCGGCGCUUUGGAACGCAUGCGGCUGGGUGCUUCGACCGAGGUUUGUUCGUUGUUCCCAUUGUUUACCGCUGGAUGCGAAUCGCGCGAUCCUUCCCAGCGAGUGAAACUCCUCAACCGCUUUUUUGUGCUAGAGAAGUCAGGCAUGAAACAGAUCCAAAACGCCCGCCAAUUGAUGCAACAUUGCUGGGAUGACAACCUGCCGUGGGUUGCCCUAGCUGGAGGAGAAUUCCUCGGGUGA